AUGAAUCUCCGAAUAUUGUUGCUGAGUUUCUUUGGAAUACUCUACGAUUUCAUCGAGGCACAAUAUCGAUUACGACCGUUGAAUGUGGACAAUCUGCGAUCACCGGACUCUCAAUCGUGGAGGGAUUUCCCCGGAAGGGCCACUCCAUACAAUAUGAUUCCCGCCUACCACAAGCGUCUCAACUCCGAGCAAAUCAACGAUCUCUUCCGAAAAACAUGGCUCGGC